AAAUCUCCUCUAUGUUUACCCUCAGAGGCUGAAUUUUGCUAACCGGCUGGCUUCUGCAAGAAACAUUACCAUCAAGAUCCAGUUUAUGUGUGGUGAAGACCCAUCCUGUGCAAUGCCGGUAAUUUUUGGGAAGUCUUCAGGUCCAGAAUUUGUACAAGAAGUAUACACAGCUAUCACAUAUCAUAAUAAGUCUCCUGACUUUUACGAAGAAGUGAAAAUUAAGCUGCCAGCAAAACUCACAGAGAAACACCAUCUAUUGUUCACAUUCUAUCACAUCAGCUGUCAACCAAAGCAAGGAGCAUCUGUGGAAACCCUUCUAGGCUAUUCAUGGCUGCCAAUUCUAUUAAAUGAUCGUCUUCAAACUGGACAUUACUGUCUUCCUGUUGCAUUGGAUAAGCUGCCUGUCCACUAUUCAAUUCACUCUCCUGAGAAAAUUCCAUCUCAGACACCACCAAUUAAGUGGGUCGAAGGACACAAGGGCGUUUUCAUUGUUGAAGUGCAAGCUGUUUCAUCUGUUCACACUCAGGACAACCACCUGGAGAAGUUCUUCACUUUGUGCCAUUCUCUGGAGAGUCAAGUUACAUUCCCCAUUCGACUGAUGGAUCAGAAGAUUACAGAGGCUUCACUGGAACAUGAAUUGAAACUCAGCAUUAUCUGUUUGAAUUCUUCACGCCUUGAACCUCUUGUCUUGUUUUUACAUUUGGUAUUGGAUAAACUUUUCCAGCUGGCUGUACAGCCCAUGGUCAUAGCUGGCCAGACAGCCAACUUCUCACAGUUUGCCUUUGAAUCUGUGGUUUCAAUAGUAACCAGUCUCCACAACAGCAAAGAGAUGACCAAAGACCAGCAUGGGAGGAACUGCCUCCUGGCAUCUUAUGUGUACUAUGUAUUUCGUCUGCCAGACCCUCAAAGAGAAGUAGUCAAACCAGGUGCAGGCGGCGGUGCCGUUUUGACAGAGUCUCGCUAUUACACAUUUGGACGCACUUCCGCGGCAGCUGUUGGAAGUAAACUCCUGCAGAGCCGAAUGAUAAGCUGCAGCAAUCCUGACAUCACUGUUACACAAACUGCUGCUGAUGAGGAGGUCAAAAACAUCAUGUCAUCCAAACCUAUGGAUCACAGCUCCAGUCGGAUGUCUUACUAUGUUGAAGGAACAAAUGACGGGUCAAGUAUUUGUGCAAGCCCAAGACCAUCCAAUAAAAAGCAUUUCCAUGAGGAGCUGGCACUGCAGAUGGUGGUCAGCACAGGGAUGGUGAGAGAAUCUGUCUUCAAGUAUGCCUGGUUCUUCUUUGAGCUCCUGAUAAAGAGUAUGGCUCAGUAUGUUCACAACAUAGAGAAGCAAGACAACCCACGAAGAAACUGGUUCUCUGAUCGCUUCAAAGACGAUAUUACCACUAUAGUUAGUGUGAUUACUUCAGAGAUUGCUGCACUUUUAGUCAAACCACAGAAGGAAAGUGAACAAGCAGAAAAAAUUAAUAUCAGCCUGGCAUUUUUCUUGUAUGAUCUUCUUUCUUUAAUGGACCGAGGAUUUGUGUUCAAUCUCAUCAAACAUUACUGUAAUCAGCUCUCAAACAAGCUGAAUUCACUCUCCACCCUAAUUUCCAUGAGACUUGAGUUCCUGAGAAUUCUCUGCAGCCAUGAACAUUACCUCAAUCUGAACCUCUUCUUCAUGACAUCUGCAUCUGCUCCAGCAUCUCCCUCUCCCUCCUUGUCCUCCCAGAACUCCAGCUCCUGCUCUAGUUUCCAGGACCAGAAAAUCACUGGUAUGUUUGACCUCUCAGCUGAAUACCGUCAACAACACUUUCUGACUGGCUUGCUUUUCACUGAAUUGGCAGCAGCACUGGAUGCAGACAGCGAGGGGAUUAGCAAGGUACAAAGAAAAGCUGUAAGUGCUAUCCUUAGUCUGCUGAGUUGCCAUGACCUAGACCCACGUUGCUCCAAAAAAGAGGUGAAGAUUAAAAUUGCAGCUCUUUACCUCCCUUUGGUUGGUAUCAUUUUGGAUUCACUACCGCAACUCCAUGAUUUUACAAUUUCAGAUACCCGCAGUGGAAAGGGACGAACAGGAAACCCAGAAGAAGAACAAGAGUCUGCAGGUGCAAUAAACCAAAAUGUGGCCCUUGCCAUUGCAGGGAAUCAAUUCAACCUCAGGAACUCCGGAAUAUCUCCAUUGUCCCUGCCCUACAGACAGAGUGCCACAUUAGGUCCUGAUACAACUCGCAAUCUUUUGAUCUGUUUCCUCUGGAUCAUGAAAAAUGCUGAUCAGAAUCUAAUACAGAAAUGGAUUGCAGACCUUCCAUCCAUGCAGUUGAACAGAAUUUUAGACCUCCUCUUCAUUUGUGUCUCAUGCUUUGAGUACAAGGGCAAGCAAAGCUCAGAUAAGGUUAGCACUCAAGCACUCCAGAAGUCACGAGAUGUUAAAGCUCGAUUAGAAGAAGCUUUACUGAGAGGUGAAGGAGCCAGAGGAGAAAUGAUGAAGCGCUGCAGAAUACCAGCAGGGAAUGACAGAUCAGCAGGACUAAAUGAAAACCUGCGCUGGAGAAAGGAGCAGACUCACUGGCGGCAGGCAAAUGAGAGACAAGAUAAGACAAAAGCUGAGCUAGAUCAAGAAGCUCUGAUAAGCGGAAACUUGGCAACUGAAGCUAAUCUGAUCAUUCUUGAUAUGCAAGAGAACAUCAUCCAGGCAAGUUUUGCAGCAGAGUGCAGAGACAAUCUUUUGGGAGGAGUUUUGAAGGUCCUGGUAAAUUCUCUUGGCUAUGAUCAAAGCACCACUUACCUGACUCAUUGCUUUGCUACACUGAGAGCACUCAUUGCCAAGUUUGGAGAUUUGCUGUUUGAAGAGGAGGUUGAACAGUGUGCUGACCUGUGUCAAAGAGUUCUCCAUCACUGCAGCAGCAGCAUAGACAUUACACGGACUCAAGCCUGUGCCACUCUAUAUCUCCUCAUGAGAUACAGCUUCAGCUCUACCAGUAAUUUUGCAAGAGUGAAGAUGCAGGUGACCAUGUCCCUGGCCUCUCUGGUUGGAAAAUCACCCGAGUUUAAUGAGGAAUUUCUCCGACGGUCCUUACGAACCAUCCUAGCCUACGCAGAGGAAGAUACAGAUAUGCAAGCAACUCCAUUUCCCAUUCAGGUGGAGGAACUGCUGUGUAAUCUGAACAGCAUCCUGUCAGAUACAGUGAAAAUGAGGGAAUUUCAGGAAGACCCAGAGAUGCUGAUGGACCUCAUGUACAGAAUUGCAAAAGGCUACCAGACAUCGCCAGACUUGAGGCUGACUUGGCUGCAGAACAUGGCAGAGAAGCACACCAAGAGGAAGUGCUACACAGAAGCAGCCAUGUGCCUGGUCCAUGCUGCAGCACUGGUGGCAGAGUACCUGAGCAUGCUUGAGGAUCGAAAUUAUCUCCCAGUGGGCAGUGUCAGCUUUCAGAAUAUUUCAUCCAAUGUGCUGGAGGAAUCUGCUGUUUCAGAUGACGUUUUGUCUCCAGAUGAAGAUGGUAUAUGUUCUGGGAGGUAUUUCUCAGAAAGUGGGCUGGUAGGGUUGCUGGAACAAGCUGCAGAGCUCUUCAGCACGGGGGGAUUGUAUGAAACUGUGAACGAGGUGUACAAAAUUGUCAUCCCCAUACUGGAAGCACAUCGAGAUUUCAGGAAGCUUACCCUGACACACAGCAAGCUACAGAAGGCCUUUGACAGCAUUAUUAAUAAGGGUCAAAAACGAAUGUUUGGGACUUACUUCCGUGUUGGUUUCUAUGGAUCCAAAUUCGGGGACUUGGAUGAACAGGAAUUUGUUUAUAAGGAGCCUGCAAUUACCAAGCUCCCUGAGAUUUCUCACAGAUUAGAGGGAUUUUAUGGCCAGUGUUUUGGGGAGGAUGCUGUGGAAGUGAUUAAGGACUCUGCUCCUGUAGACAAAAGAAAGCUGGAUCCCAAUAAGGCAUACAUACAAAUUACUUUUGUGGAGCCAUAUUUUGAUGAGUAUGAGAUGAAGGACAGAGUUACCUAUUUUGAGAAGAACUUCAACCUUUGUCGGUUCAUGUACACUACGCCUUUCACCAUGGAUGGGCGCCCCAGAGGAGACCUUAGUGAGCAAUACAAGAGGAACACCAUCCUAACCACAAUGCAUGCUUUCCCCUACAUCAAAACUAGGAUCAAUGUCAUCCAAAAAGAAGAGUUUAUUCUAACCCCAAUCGAAGUUGCUAUUGAAGAUAUGCGUAAAAAAACACAGGAACUAACUGCAGCCACCAGCCAGGAACCACCAGAUGCCAAAAUGCUCCAGAUGGUUUUGCAGGGCUCAGUUGGAGCUACUGUAAAUCAGGGACCGCUGGAGGUCGCGCAAGUGUUCCUGGCUGAAAUUCCCGCAGACCCCAAACUUUAUCGACAUCACAACAAGCUGAGGUUGUGCUUCAAAGAGUUUAUAAUGAGGUGUGGUGAAGCAGUGGAGAAAAACAAGCACCUUAUUACUGCUGACCAACGGGAAUAUCAUCAAGAGCUCAAAAGGAACUAUGUGAAGCUGAAGGAGAACCUUAGGCCUAUGAUUGAGAGGAAGAUCCCAGAGCUGUACCAACCUGUAGUGAAAGUCCAUAGCACAAGGGAAUCUUUUCGUAACCACAGUUUUAGGAAAUACGAUGCACAGACUUCUUCACAAAGCACCUAAGAACUAGCUGCUUUGGCCAUGGAAGAGCUUCAUGCUGCAAGCCAGAAGUGAUGGAGUGUUUAUUCCACAUCUGUUAAAUCAGCAAUCUCUCACAAGACAGUAUGUGCACUUCCUGGACAGCGUGCAGAAAAGCAUUUA